AUGGCCGCCCUCAAGAGCAUGGGCCUCACCUACUGCCUCUGGUUCUUCUUUGGCUUCCUCGGUGUCCACCGUUUCUAUCUUGGCCGCGUGUGCUCUGGUGUCAUCUGGCUCCUGACUUUCGGUCUGCUCGGCAUCGGCUGGCUGAUUGACCUUUGCCUCAUCCCCUCCAUGGUUGACAGCGCCAACGCCGACAUCAUUCACAUGUACCCUCACCUGCGUGGUGAGCCCGUGGCCGCUGUGCAUGUCCACCACACGUCUUCGCCCCCGAGUGCGUCUUACCAGUCCACCGUGCAUGUCCACCAUUCGGCCCCCCCGGCCGCCCACCAUGGUGCCCCUCAGCCUGGUUUUGUGGCUCAGGCUCCCUACCCGCCGCAGCAGCCCUACCCGCCGCAGCAGCCCUACCCGCCCCCCGGCGACAACACCCCCUACCCCCCUCCCCCGCCCUACACCCCCCAUGCCAAGUACUAA